AUGGAAAAGAAUUAGUAAAAUCAAACUUCAAUUGACACAAGUGAAGGUUUUUAUUCUAAAACUCCUGCUUCUAGAUUAGCAAAUAAGGAAAUACUGAAGGGGAAGAAGUUAAAUGUGCUUACUAUUUCAAAAAAGCUGCAAAAAAAAGAUAUCGAGCCAAAUAAAGUGGUUGAAAUUAAUACUAUGAAAUCAGAGAGCAGUAAAGAAGAUUUAACAAAGGAGGAGCUACCUUCUAUAUAAAAUAGGCUUCAAUAGAAUGUGAGCUCUAAAAGUCCAUACAUAUAAAAUAAAGAUACGUGCUAAAGCGCACUACUUAAAAAAAGUAAGACUAAAAAAGAUGAUACUGAAAAUUAAAAAUAAGAUCAUUCUUAAUCUGACAGUAAAUCUAAAAUAGAAUAUAUUUUACCGACAAAAGAUUUGAAUUUGUUCAAGAGACUUGAGUAAAAGGCCUUUAAAGUGAUGAAUACAAUGGAUGAAAAGAUGAUUGAUGCUCUUUAAAGAAAGGAAUAUGAAAUUGUGAAGAGUUUUUAAACAAUUAUAAAGAGAUUAAUGGAUGAGUUGAGUUCUUUGAAUGAGAAAUUAAAAAAUGAAAAUCUUGCUAUGCUAAGAGAUAGCACUAUUAAUAAUUUAGAGAAAUAAGUAGCUUUUUUCAGAGACCAAUCCUAUCAAUUGAAUAAUUAGAUAAAAGAUUUGGAGUAUGAGUAUAAAUUAGUCAUGCAAAUUAAUAAUGAAAAGGAUGAAGAAAUAAAUAGUCUUUAAAAGGCGCUCAUAAAUGUAAAGGCUAAAUUAAUUAACAAUUCUGCAAUAUUAGAUCAAUAGCAACGCUCUUAGUCUCCAAUGAACUUAAAUAAAAACACAAAUUCUUCAUUGCUCAUAACAGAAUGUAAUUUUCAAAAUGAAAAAAUUUAAAAAGUUAAUGCUUAAGAAACAAGUAAGAAAUCUCAAUCACCUUUAAGAAAUAAUAGAAAUAAUGAUCAACUAAAUUACAUUCAAUCUGGAAUUAAAAACGAAGAAAAUGAUUUGUAUGGCUAAACCAACUCAGAGAUUUUAAGGAGAUAGCCUUAAAAGACACCAAAUAAAGCUAAUUCAAUUCAAUAAAUAAAAUCAUAAACAAAGAAGGGAUCUCCAACAAGUUGCUAGUCUGUAAUGGUAUCUGAAGAAAAUACAGAAAGUAACCAUAAAAUGUAAAAUUUUGAUUAGGGUACAAGCUAAAAUUUGAUAACUCCUAAUUUUUCUAUUGGAGGAGUUUUAGAUGCUUCAUUGUAUAUAGAUAUAGAAGCACUUGUGAGUGUAUACAUUUAAGAUAAGGAAAGCCAAUAAACAAUAAAACAUGCCUUAAUAAAUUUUAUAUCAAAUAAGCUUAGACCUAAAAAUUAAAUUAUUUAAAACUUAUAAAAGUAACUUAACGAAUCUAAAUAAAGUUUGGCAUAUUUUAAUUAAAUUUAAAAUGGAUAAAAUGAACUGGAAGCACUGUUUGUUGCUGCUGUGGAAGAUACAAAAGCUCAAGUUUUGAAAAGAAACAAUUAUCAAAGUGGUAAAUUCACCUCUUCAGAUAGAAUAGAUAUUAUAUAUAAAUUUAUGUCCUCAGAAAAAUUUUUGUAGAUUGUUCAAGCGAAAAUAUUUAACAAGAAAUGCUGUGAAAAUCAAAACUGUCUUUUCAACAUAAAUACAGUUUAGAAGAAAGCUAAUUCUCUACUAAAAGAAUAUGGCACAAAUGAAUAAAUAAAAAAUUUGUAUAAAGGUUUAAAAGAUUUGACAAUUGACGAAAAAAUAAAUAGCAUCUUUGAUGUUUCGAUGGAAAGAACAGGUUAAAAUUCUCCCAAAAGCAACUUUGAUUAAGAAACACAGAGUCUCUUAUAAAAAUGGAAGAUAAUGAAUAAUAUUAGUGGGAAAUAUAAGAAAGAAAACAGCAAGUCAGCUAUGAACAAUAGUACCUUUAAUGACUCUAAAGAGUAUUCUUCGUUGCUGUUUGAUCAAAACUAUUUAAAGGAGCUACAAAAAAAUCAACAAAAAAUAUAUAGAAUGAACAAUUAAUUCAGAAGAAUGUUUAAAGAAGAAAAAAUUUAAGAUAAAGAAAUAGAUGAGAGAUUAACUGGUUUCAUAAAUGAAACUAUGCAUAAAUUGGAUUUCGAUGAUCCAAAAAGAAAAACAUCAGAUUCCUAACCAAACAAUUAAUUUUUGAACUUAAAUAAUACUUUAACAUCUACAUUUUCUAGUAAAUAACAACAAAUACCUUAAAUUCUAAAUUCAACUGAAAAACCCCGUUCACACUCUAUAAGAGUGACUUACAGACAUGGAAAAAUUUACAAUUGA